AUGGAGAAGCUCGGUGAGGAGUACCCUGGUGCUGAGCGCUUCCGUCUCCUCCAAGACGAGAACAAGGAGCGUCAUUGGAAGCGAUGGGGACCAUAUCUCUCUGACAGGCAAUGGGCGACUGUUCGCGAGGACUACUCGCACAAUGGCGAUGCUUGGAGCCACUUUCCGCACGAGCAUGCUCGCUCCCGCGCUUACCGAUGGGGUGAGGACGGCCUUGCUGGCAUCUCCGACAACCACCAGCGCGUCUGCUUCGCCUUAUCGCUCUGGAACGGGGAAGAUCCCAUCCUCAAGGAGCGCCUCUUCGGUGUAACCGGCCACCAGGGCAAUCACGGCGAGGACGUUAAGGAGCUUUACUACUACCUCGACUCAACGCCUACACACUCCUACAUGAAGUUCUUGUACAAGUACCCUCAGAGCCGGUACCCAUACGAAGAGCUCGUAAGCGAGAACCAGAAGCGCGGUCGUGAAGUGGAGGAAUACGAAAUUCUGGACACCGAUGCCUUCCAUGAAGACCGCUACUGGGACGUAUUCGUUGAGUACGCCAAGGACGAAGACGAACCCGACAAUGUCUAUGUCCGCAUCACGUCGUAUAAUCGCGGACCGGACCCUGCGACUCUGCACGUCGUUCCCCAGUUCUGGUACCCGAACACCUGGUCUUGGGACAACGACAAGGCGUACAAGCCCUCAAUGACCGGCAGUGUGCGCAGCGAUAUCAGCGUUGUCACUGCCAGGCACGAGACCCUCGGCAAGACUCACCUCUACUGCCUCCCAUCUCCCCCGCCCGUCAAGCCCGACGGCCAAUGCAUCGCUGAUCCAGAAUUCGACGCUGUCUACCCCGAGCUACUUUUCACCAACAACAACACGAACUUCAGCCGCCUGUAUGGUGGUCAGAAUGACACGCCCUACGUCAAGGACGCAUUCCAUGACCAUAUCAUCCCGUCGCACCGCCCUGCAAAGGACGAGAGCGAGAAGGAGGAUCUGUUCAACCCUCGCAUCCGUUCCCGCACGGCUUCUUCUUUCGGUACCGAGCCUCGUGAUGCCGUCGAGGAGGGCCCUUGCACGCCGUUCCCGAUGGGCCCGUCCUUCGUCAACCCGGAGAAGACAGGCACCAAAUCGGCUGCGCACUACGUCUUCCGCGACGUACCGGGCAAUGGUGGUUGCGCCGUCGUCCGCCUGAAGAUAACACCUCUUUCCGCCCGCAAAGACCCCAGUCUGGUGGACGAGGCCAUCUUCGACGACAACGUCGAAGAGCGUCGGCAGGAAGCCGACGAAUUCUACAACUCGUUGUCGUUCGGGCCGACCAGCGACGAUCUGAAGCAGAUCAUGCGCCAGGCUCUGGGUGGUAUGCUAUGGACCAAACAGUACUAUCGCUUCAUUCAGAAGGAGUGGAUCACGGGUGAUCCUGCUCAGCCUGCUCCUCCGCCCGAGCGCAAGUACAUCAGAAAUAGGGAAUGGCGGCACUUGCACAUAGAGGACAUCCUGUCUAUGCCUGAUAAGUGGGAGUACCCCUUUUUUGCUGCCUGGGAUACGGCAUUCCACUGCGUCCCGUUGGCUGUUGUGGAUCCUGCUUUCGCGAAGAAGCAGCUCGACUUGCUGACGAGGGAGUGGUACAUGAAGCCGGAUGGUCAACUGCCCGCCUACGAGUGGAACUUCGGCGACGUCAAUCCACCUGUGCAUGCAUGGGCCACAUUCCGCGUCUUUAAGAUCGAGCGUCGCUUGACCGGGAAGGAGGAUCUAGCAUUCCUCGAGCGUGUCUUCCAAAAGCUCUUGCUCAACUUCACGUGGUGGGUAAACCGCAAGGAUUCCACCGGCAGCAACGUUUUCGAGGGCGGUUUCCUUGGUCUCGACAACAUUGGGGCCUUCAAUCGAUCUGAGCCAUUGCCCACGGGCGGGUCCCUUCGCCAGGCUGACGGAACUGCUUGGAUGGCGUUCUACUGCCUGAACAUGCUGAGCAUGGCUCUCGAGCUAGCGAAGCACAACCCGGUCUACGAGGACAUUGCGUCCAAGUUUUUCGAGCAUUUCAUCUUCAUCUCGGACGCCAUGACAUACAAGGGCGGCAACGACGAGGAGGUCAGCUUGUGGAACGAUGAGGACGGUAUCUACUACGAUGCGAUCCAAUGGGGCCCCGGGAACGUCAUGCAAAUGCCUGUUCGCAGUCUGGUUGGAUUGAUCCCCUUGUACGCAACUUUGGUCCUGGAGCCUUCGACCAUCAACCGAUUCCCGGGCUUCAAGAAGCGGAUGGAGUGGUUCAUGGACAAUCGUCCGGAGAUGGCGUCUCGCAACAUGGCCAACGCUCGGGUUGGAGGCAAAGAAGAGCGUCGCUUGCUGGCGCUAGCGAGCAAGGAGCGCCUUGUGCGCAUCUUGGAGAAGAUGCUCGAUGAGAACGAGUUCUUGAGCGAGCACGGCAUUCGCUCGCUGUCGAAGAUCCAUAAGGAGCACCCUUGGGGGAUGGAGGUCCAUGGACAGCGUUACGAAGUCCCUUACUGGCCAGGCGACUCGAUGUCUGGCAUGUUCGGCGGGAACUCUAACUGGAGAGGGCCUAUUUGGCUCGCUGUCAAUUUCUUGUUAAUUGAGAGUUUGCAGCGCUUCUACCAGUACUAUGGUGACGACCUUCAGAUCGAAUGCCCGACAGGCAGCGGUGACUACAUGAACUUGGCCGGUGUCGCCGAGGAGAUCCAGCACCGCAUCAUCCAUAUCUUUGGUCGUGACAUGGAAGGUCGUCGUGCGACGAACGGUGGCAGCAAGAAGCUAGACACCGACCCUCACUUCCGUGAUUAUGUCUGGUUCUACGAGUUCUUCCACGCGGACAGCGGGAAGGGUCUCGGGGCUUCUCAUCAGACCGGCUGGUCUGGUCUGGUCGCGUACCAUAUCUUGCAGAGCGGCGCCAGCUGCCGUCUGCCCAAGACUCCUCGCACACCUCGCAGUGUUGCCCGUCACUACUUCGAUGAGGGCACGUCUACAUUCGGCGACGUCGACGAGACGCGCUCUGCCUUCAGCACCAUCAGCGGCUUCGAUCGCGAGGCUAUCGGCGACAUCUCGCCCAGCGCUCUCUAG